AUGUUAAGUAUCGUGAAUGUGGACUAUUUAUUCAUGAUACCAAACAGUUUCUAGGGGCAUCACCUGAUUUAUUCGUAGAAUGCUCUUGCUGUGGAAAAGGAAUCCUAGAAGUUAAAUGCCCUUUCUUUAUUGCAAAUGAUAUCUCCACAGACUUAAAUUUAGAUUACCUUGUAAAAAUUAAUGAUGAGGUUACUUUAAAGAGAAAACAUUUCUACUAUGCCCAAGUUCAAGGUCCGUUGGGAGUAACCAAGAGAGAAUGGUGCCAUUUUCUAGUAUAUACCAAAAAGGGGUACCGUCUGGAGCGUAUUCAACUAGACAAGGAUUACUGGUUCUCACUGCAAGAUUCUUUAGACUGGUUUUACGUAAAUCACUUGAAGCCUGCUUCAAAGUGA